CUCAGAAGCAAGCGGGACUGAACCCCAUAUAGGAGAUAAAGUGAAACCAACUUAUUCCACCAACGGAAAACAAGAAAGUAAUGUCUAGAGUUAAGACCAUCUAAGGACGAGGAUGGCGGCCGAAAACACAAUACGGACAAACAAAACCACCAUUCAGGAGAUUCUGUGCGGAGACUACACAAUUAUCCUCAACAAGGUGUAUGAGAAGAAGAUGAUAACUCUCCGAGAGUACAACAACCUUAAAAGCAUCAACAAUGCGAACGUGGAGAGGCACGUUGUCGAGCUGGUGGAUAAGAUCAUGAGUAAAGGAGAACCAAGGUGCCAAGAUUUCCUGAACCUCCUGCAAACUGACGAGGCCAUCACAUCAACUUUCCCUGGGCUGAAGGACAUUCAACUGAACAACCCCGUUCUGUCACGGCCUGUUCAAGUCGCUGCAGCUCACAGUGAUGUUCUAUCGCGAGAGAGCAAGAGCCCGGGAGAGGAUGACUUUUAUCAGCUGAAGAGCCAGCCUGUCGGCCUCUGUGUGAUCAUAAACAACGAGAAUUUCUGUGGAGCCUCACAGAGACGUGGGACGGACAAAGAUGCUCAAAGCUUGGCAGAGGUGUUCAGCUGGCUUGGAUUCAGAGUGCUGAUGUGCAAAGACCAAACCAGGGACCAGAUGGAUCGCACUCUGAAAUUCUUUGCUUCCCCGACUGAGUCCGCGCAGCUGCAGGAGUUCAGUUGUGAGGAGUGGUUUGGCACUGGAUUCAUUCAACCUCAGCAGGUUGCUCAGCAUGGCGAUGCAUUCAUCUGCUGUAUUCUGAGUCAUGGAAAAAAUGGGGAGGUGUCUGGGAUUGACAACGAGUCCCUCUCGAUCAAACAAAUUACUAGCCCCUUUAGGGCAACAGACCAGUCGGUGCUCACUGGCAAACCCAAAGUGUUCCUGAUCCAGGCCUGCCGAGGAAGUGAGACACAUAGUGGAGUGUCAUUGAGCAACGUGGAGGCUGAUGGUCCUGGUUCCAUCCCCGUAAAAAGUGAUAUUCUUGUCGCCUAUGCCACUGUUAAAGAUCAUCCAGCUCAUCGAAAUAUCAAAGAAGGCAGCUGGUUUAUCCAGUCUGUAUGUAAGCAGCUACAAGAGCGCUGUCCUAGGGGUGAGGAUGUCACCAGUAUCCUCCAUCACGUGAACAGGGAAGUAGGUCAAAAAGAGGCCUCCAGCCAACCUGGUGAAAAGAAGCAAAUGCCUGAAGUGAGAUUCACCAUGUGGAAGAAACUUGUACUGUCACCACUUCGCAACUCGGAGACUGAAGGGCGCAACCAUGGACAGGAGCUGAAAGCCUCCGACGAAGCCAUCGCAUUCAUGUCCAGCAUUGAGCCCGCAGAGCUGGUGAAGUGUUUGUUUCCAGACACUCUGGUGACUGUGUCAGAGGGCGGCAGAGACCUGGGGAAGUUCAGUGUGACGCUGGAGUUUGCUCAUAGAGUACAGCAGCCCUGUUUGCUGCUGCACGCUCAAAGCCAUGGGUCCAUUGAUGACUUUCCCUGUGGAACAACGGUGACAGCCUAUCUAACUACGGACCUGGAGGUGCUGGAGGAAGAUUACCACGAGUAUGUCAAGCUUCAGGGCCAAAGUUUGGACAGGAGGUGUCACAUGGUGCAGCAUGAUGGACAGAUGAUGAUCAGUAAAGUUACCACUGUGGGAGAAGAGUCGACCAAGGAAAACGUUACCUACCCCAUGUGCGUCCUAAGAGGCCUGGUAACUGAGGGUUCCAGUUUGCUGCUGAUGCGUCUCAUUGCUCUGAGGAAGAAGGUGCCAGAACACAUGACCUUUGUCUCCUUGGACCAGCGACUGCACGUCAUCCACAGCACCAUUAGUGGGCUGGGUCUGAAGCAGAUGGAGGUCGGGAGUGAGAUCCUAGAGGUAUUUGGGGUGGAGAGGAUUAUUCACUGUGUGGAAGACAGCCCAACUACCUGGCACUGCUACUUCCUGGAUGAUGGGCACCUGGUCAGCAGGGUGCAGGUGGGAUCACCAGUGACUAUGAGGCUUCUACAGCUGCCAUCGAAGAUAGGAAAAGGUUUUCAGAAGAUCCCUCUCGUGUGGGAAGAAGACAUGCAGAUGCGUUCUGAGUUCCUGGAUCGAAAGGUGGCUGAUAUUGUUCUUAGUGGGAGUGGGAAGGUGAUGGACAGAGUGAAGUUGUCCCACAUAGACGAGGAGCUGGACUCCUCUGAGGUGGCAGAACUUUGCUUCUUGUGUCUGGAUGUUGUCCAGAGGAAAAAGCUGGAGGGGAUCGAUGAUGCAAAACGGCUGUUUGUGAGACUGGAGGAAAAAGGUCUAAUGGAGAACAUUUAUUUUCUCUCUGAAUUGCUCCGAACAAUCCACCGCCCAGAUCUUGCCAACUUCCUGGAGACGGACAGCCGUCAAUCCUCAGUAGAGGAAAUGGAUGCUAAUCCCGUUCUGUCAGAAUACAGGGUUAUGCUGUACAGAAUAUAUGAUGAAAUUACUACGGAGGAUCUUCAGAAGAUGAAGUUUCUACUCAGCGAUCAACUGGCCAAAAGACUUUUAGAGAAGAGCAGUACAGCGCUCGAUGUGUUUAAUGAAAUGGAAAAGACAAAUUUAAUGUCGAACACAAAUGUUCUUAAGCUGUAUGAAACACUGCAAAAUGUGGAUCGGCAACUGGCAGCGACUGUCCACAACUACAUGCGAGGGAUAACCCAACAACCUCCUCAUGUCAGCAUCGAUAACCAGAGGUUCAACGACCCCACUGCGAUACAAACUGGGUUCUCCAUACCUGAGACACAGCCCAUCGGAGGUAGACGAGAUAGUGUUUACAAUGAUGCAUCUGGCUAUAACCCAGGGAUCCCGCCUUUUGAUCCAUCCGAGCACUACACUCUUAUUCAUGUACCUCGUGGUUUCUGUGUGAUCAUCAACAAUGAGAAAUUCCCAGAUACAACGUUGCGCGACCGAGCGGGAACUCAGCAGGAUGCAAAUGCUCUGAACACAGUGUUUCGCCGCCUGGGCUUUGAAGUCUUUGUUCACAACAAUCUGACUUCAAAAGCCAUACGUGAUACAAUACAAGAGCUGCGCAUGAAGGAUUUUUCAAAUCAUGAUGCUUUGGUGGUAUGUGUGCUUUCCCAUGGAGAAAAUGGAUGUGUCUUUGGCACUGAUGAGCAGAAGGUGCUCCUGCAUGACCUGACAAAGCCCUUCACAAGUGGAAGAACCCCCAGCUUGGCUGGGAAACCCAAGCUCUUCUUCAUCCAAGCAUGUCAGGGUAGCGACUACCAGAUGGGGUCCUCCUUACCUCGCUCCUCUAGCCCAGGGGGUGAGGAGAGGGGAAUAAUGGAGGAGAGAACGCCCAGACAGCUGGAGGAAGAUAGCGGUCCGGUCUACAACAUCGCGACUGUGCCUUGGGACGCAGACUUCUUGAUAGGCAUGGCCACCGUACCUGAGUACAAGUCAUUUCGACACACAGUCACAGGCUCCAUCUACAUCCAGGAGCUGUGCAGGCAGCUGACCAGAUCAGCAGAAAGCCCAGUGGAGGAUGAUAUACUUACUGUCCUGACACGUGUGAACCGAGAAGUCAGCAAAGGAAAUUAUUUAAGCUACAAGCAAAUGCCAGAGCCCAAAUACACCCUCACCAAGAAGCUCAUCCUCAAAUUUGUGUGAGCAGCCUGGGACCAGGUGCAGGUGUCAGAGAAAAUUGACAAUUGCCGUCUGUGUGUCUCUGCAUUGUCUUUAUGGUUGGACGAUUUUGAAUUUUUUAAUUGAGAAUUAAAGAAAAAAAUGGUAGUCACGAAAAAACAAGAUUUUUCUGCUAAUCGUAAAAUGUCGCUGAUGCAGUAUUUUUAGUUAUUCAUGUCAUUCAACAAUAAACAUUACAUUUACAUAUUUGUUUUGUCACAUUAUUACAGAACACAGUGGCAGUCAACUCUGUGGGAUAAUUCUAAUAAAUCUUGUCAUUAUUGUUCGUUAUUGUUGUCAGAUGUGUCCAAAUCUCAAAUUUCAAUAAAAUUUGCCUGUAUGUCAGUA